AUGCUACACCCAAUUCUGGAUAUUAGUAGUCUUAAUGUUGUUCUUUCAUUAUCAGUACCCUCUUUCAUAGUCGGGGCUAUCAUAGGACCCUUCGGCGCGAAGUUGAUCAAUGUCAGUCAGUGGGGAGGAGAGAACGACAAAGAUAGUGGUGAAAUUGGUGACAUUGCCUAUGGACUAACUCGGUUGGUGAUUGGCAUCGCUAUGGUCAAAGUCGGUUACGAGCUACCGAAACGAUACAUUCGGCUUCAUCUGGUCGAACUCACCAUUUGCCUACUGCCAUUGAUGACGAUCCAGUGGCUGAUGACGUCGGCAUGUAUCAAAUUAAUGAUCCCUAAUCUAUCGUUUCUGACUUCUCUCAUCAUCGGAUCCUGUGUCAUAUGUAUCGACCCGGUGCUCUCACAGGCUAUCGCAAAGGGCCCUUUCGCAGAUCAAUACGUGCGACGACACCUUCGAGAAUUUAUUUCAGCCGAGGCAGGUGGGAAUGAUGGAUUUGGUUUUCCCUUUUUGCUUCUCUCCAUUGCCAUUCUUCGUUAUGCCGAUACCCCGAGUACGGAGACAACAGCUGGCCACGGCAAACAGAGCCGAGACUGGAUUGGUGAGCCGGAUACAGGUCGAUUUGGUGGUGAUGUUGGUCGAGCAUUGGCGCAUUGGGCUGUUGAGGGAGUGCUAUACAUGCUGGUUAUGGGCGCUGGACGUUGGAUUGAUAAGGAGAGCUUCUUUUCAUAUCCAGUUGCGCUGGGUUUGUUUAUCGUUGGUACCUGCGGCUGUUUUGGCUCUGAUGAAACUCUCGCCUGCUUUAUUGCCGGCUGUGCAUUAAACUGGGAUGGGUCUUAUCAUUUCGAAGUCGAAGAGAGACAUGACUCCUUCAACUCCACAAUCGAAAAUAUCUUGAACAUUGGAACCUUCAUGUUCCUGGGUGUCUCCAUGCCAUGGGACCAACUUCACACAUCCAGUCAGAAUGGGAUCACCAUCACUCGACUGGUCGGGCUCGGACUUUUGAUUCUGAUAUUCCGUCGGAUCCCGGCGAUCAUGAUGGGUUAUCGAUUCAUGCCUAGGGUGUGCGAGAAUUGGAAAGAGGCCUUGUUUAUGGGAUACUUUGCCCCAAUUGGAGUUGGCGCUAUUUCGUAUGUUGAGUAUGCGCGACGAUUGCUACCGGGUCCUGGAGAGAGUGAUACGGAGAUCAACAACUUAACUGCAGCCAUGAUUCCGGUGGUAUAUUGGCUUGUCUUCUUCUCCGUCGUCAUCCACGGGCUGUCUAUACCCGUACUGGACUGCUUCUAUAAGUGGUUCAAAGUCCCUACUAUCCGAGACCACCCGGUGGAAAUUAUUCUUCUGUCCGAAAACGAGCCUGUUCCUAACAAUAGUGUGGUGAAUCGCCGUGGCCACUCGGUUAUACUCAAUAACCGGUUUUCCUGUGCCUCAAACCGGCGCCCCUAUUCUGAUUCUAGUGAUCAGGACCGCGAAGUAACAGACACGAUAAUGUUACGCAGUGGGGACGCUAGCUACAGGGGCUCGCUGGAAAGGGUAUCGACGAAAGGUUCGUCGCGUGAACUGGAGCAGAGUGUAUCUGCCAGAAAUGUAGUCUGA